AUGUUUCACAGAUUCUCUGCCGCGCCUGCAAAGGCACGCAGCCAGAACAAAGGCUCCGGAUCAGCUCGCGCCAGCAACAAGAACAACAAGAAGAUUAGUGGCACAGACUCUAACCCCAGCGCCGAGCAAACAGUUCAUCCGCUGGCCAAGCGGCAAAAGGCCGCCAGAGCCUGUCACCGCUGCCGCCUGCAUCGCAUCAAGUGUGACGAGCAGAAGCCUUGCGCACAAUGCGUCAGCAUCAAGGCAAAAUGCAUCGUUUCCUACGCCCCUCCUCGCUCCUCUCAGACCAACAACGACGACAACGAUCACACGAGAGGUGUGUCGUCGUCAGUCUUUCCUCCAAGAUCGCCCUCGCGCUCGCCUUUACACACAGCAUGUCGCGACAACAGCGCAAGCACCAGCAGCCCCACCGCCAAUACCAGUCCGAACAGCCCAUAUGUUCCUGCCUCUCGCAUGAGCAUGAGCCAGGAUAGCUCAUGGGCGACAAGAACUCCACCGGAUAAUGUCCCCAAGGAAUGUUUCAAUCUCGCGCAUGUCCAGGGCUUCUUUGCCAGCGGGCAGCCAGUCUUCUCACAUACCUCUGCCCUUGGCGGCUGCCUCUUUCCUCAGCUCCCGCAUCCCACCGUCCCCUCGGGGGAACGCCCUCUCGCGUCGAACGCGCUGCUUAAGAACCAAUGGAGCUACUAUCUACGGCUUUUUUGGGACGACUGCCAUCCGCUUCUGCAGAUUAUAAGCAAGACAGAGUUCGCCGAACUCGAUGCCCUGCCACCACCGACUAUGUUUGAUGAGUAUUCGGCAAGGACCGCCCUAGUUGAUUCCAUGAUCGCUCUGGGCAUACAGCAUAGCCGUGCCACUGGCCUUAACGGGCGGAUAUUGGGCCUCCAGCAGCCACCAUCCCGGCAGUACUACCACGCAGCGCCUUCGCCGGAAGCCACCUGGCCCGGCUUUGAAUACUUCCAUCGCUGUCGUGAAUGCAUGAGAACAAACACAGAUGUGACAUUGGAGGUCCUACGAUGCCAUGCUCUCAUGGUCCUCUACCUUAUAAAGGGCAAUGCUUUCCGCGACGCAUACAACCUGCUCGGCAUCACUGUCCGCAAGGCCUACAUCGCCAAACUCCACCGACCACCACCGAGCCAUCUGCCCGAGGUCGGAAAGACUGCUCGUAUGCAACUGUGGUGGAUGGUCUUCUCCCUAGAUCUCCAGUGCUCGCUGCAGCUCGACAUGCCCCCCGCCAGCCAGAAAAGCCUUGUUAAAUGUCCCUUUCCUGCCGAGGACGCCCUCGCCCGCUACUUCUCCCCCCCCGGUUAUCGCGAAGGCACGAACGCUUACACCUAUUCCACUCGUUUGGUCAACCUCGCCGUUAUUGUGACUGACAUUGGCGCGUGCGUCUCGACCGCGGACCUCGUCGAUGACGAUGGCAAUAGCCCGGCCGCUCUCGAAGGUCACGCCCGCAAUCUCACAUCCGCGCUCCAAAACCUCGAGGUCUGGCGCAACCAGCUACCUUCAGAGCUGCUGCUGAGCCAGUCUGGGAACAGCUCUGGCAAUACUGAGAUGCUUGACUUUAAUCGCGCCCUGGCCCUGCCCGGCUGGUUGUGGCGGCAAGCGGUGCUUUUGGAACUCCAUUAUCACAACGCAUAUACCCUGAUCCAGCGUCCCUUCAUACGUCUCCGCUACGCCCACUCUAACGAUGCUAGCGGCAUAAUUUUGCCACCCUCCUCUCAGCAGCCGCACGUGGAGCAGCACAUUGCCAGCGCCCUACACCACGCAACCAUAACCGUCGACACGGUCUUCGCCAUCUGCUCCAUGUCUGACGUCCUUUAUGGCUGGUCAGAGGUCCUGCAGCCGCUCUGGAAUGCGACGCUGACAAUUAUGGCUUAUGUCUCUGUUAACUCGCUGAGCUCCGUGGUACCACGGGCGCUCGACUCCCUCACACGCGCCCAGGCCGUUUUCGAGUUCUUCUCCCCAACCUGCCCGACCGCUCUCUCCGCAAAGGGCAUUGUUCAGUCGCUCGCAAACAGUUUGCAGAACAUGAUGACGCAGGGCUCGUGCGCAGUUGCCAAUGACGAACAAAUGGGCUGGGACCUCUUCGCGUCGCUGCUCGAGGAGCAGCAGACGUCCUCAGCCGGCCUUGAGAGCGCCCCCUCAUCCAACGAUCUCUAUGGCAGCGUGCUCUUUUCACCCUUCAUGCCUUCAGCUUCGCAAAUCAACACCCCCGACUUUAACUCGGCGACCAUGCAAUUUGGCGACUCUUGA